GGAGAGGAGAAACCGUCCCGUUUCAGAAGAAUGCGGGGCUCGUCCUUUCAGACCUUACGUCAACCCGGAGUCUUUAACAGGCUCGGUCAGCCCCGGUCCGGACGCAGACAGAGGCGCACAGAGAUGACAGCGACGGGAAGAGGAUGUAGCACACCUGUGGAGAGCUGCGAGUUGAGCGUUUAGGACGGGACUAAUUCUGGAUUCAAUGCAUUUGCAGUUCCUCACCAGUGAUGAGUUGGCUCCUGUUGUGGAUUCUAACUGCAGCCGGGAUUCAACAGGCCUACUCCCAGAAUUCCACUGCCAUGCCACCUGCCACAGCCGUCACGUCCCCAGCCGCUGACCUGUACAACCGGACACAGUACUGUAAGUGGCCCUGCGAGUGUCCCAGGGUCAACCCUACCUGUCCGCCGGGCGUCAGCCUCCUCAUGGACGGCUGUGACUGCUGCAAGGCCUGUGCCCGGCAGGUGGGCGAGGUGUGCAAUGAGGCAGACACAUGCGAUUACCACAAGGGACUGUACUGUGACUACAGCUCGGACAUGCCUAGGUACGAAAAAGGAGUGUGUGCAUAUAUGGUGGGAACAGGCUGUGAGCAUGAUGGCGUGAUCUACCGCAACGGGCAGAGCUUCAAGCCUAGCUGUAAAUACCAGUGUGUGUGUGUGAACGGUGCCAUUGGAUGCGUGGCACUGUGCACAGAGUCCCAGCCUCCGAGAAUGUGGUGCCAGACCCCACGACGGGUCAAAGUCCGGGGACAAUGCUGUGAGAAAUGGAUUUGUGAUGAACCAAAGAGAGGGCGCAAGACGGCGCCGCGACAUGCAAUAGAGGUUUCCCCUGCUGAGACCAACUGGCACAAGAACUGCAUUACCCAGACUACCUCAUGGAGCCCCUGCUCAAAGACCUGUGGCCGCAGCCUGUCCAUGAGGAUCUCUAACGCCAACGAGCAGUGUGAGCUGGUCAAAGAGUCUCGGCUUUGCAACCUACGGCCCUGUGAGGUCGAUAUCACCAAACACAUCAAGCCGGGAAAGAAAUGUCUGAACAUCUACAGAGAAGAACAGCCCUCCAACUUUACCAUCUCUGGCUGCACCAGCAAGAAGCAGUACAGGCCCAAAUACUGCGGCGUCUGCACAGACGAGCGCUGCUGCAUCCCCUACAAGUCCAAAACCAUCGACGUAGAUUUCGAGUGUCCUAACGGGACAGGAUUCACCUGGAAGAUGAUGUGGGUCCAGGCUUGCUUCUGCAACCUCAGUUGCAAAAACCCAAACGACAUCUUCGCCGAGCUGGAGAGUUACUAUGGUUACCCAGAAGUCAUGAACUAACCCAGGGUGUCCGCGCGGUCUCAAAAAGUCUUAAAAGGUAAUAAAUCAAUGUUGCGAAAAUUAAGGCCAUUAAAAAGUAUUUAAAAGUCUUAAUUAAGGUAUUACAUUUUGAAGAUAUUUUUUUCAAUGUGAAAAUCCUGUUUGUCCAAAAGUUUGUUUGCUAAAAGUGUAGGUGAACGUAUUUAUUUAUAAUGCGUAGCCAAAAAUACUAGACAGGCAGAGAGUAGCGACUGUGAUUCCUUUCUGUAGGCUCACGUUAGGCGCGGGGAUCUACCGAGCGCCUCUUAAACGCUCCAAAAAAAUAGAUCCGUGCGAACCGGAAAAUAAUUUGACGAGUACAACCGACCGUAAUCUCCCACCCUGCCGGACCCGCAACGUUAAUCGUCCAAAACAUAGUCGGAGUGGCGAUCAGGAGUAACGGGAUUAACCCGGUUGGCCGGUCGCUCUGUGGCCACCUGAACAGCCCCGUUCCUGAAAAACAAGAGUGAGAUGCGCUGCAAGAAGCUGAAUCGCAAAGACAGAACAACAGGGAAAAUUCAAGGAGCGUGUGGGGUUGGCUAACGUUAGCCGGCUAUUUAGCUAAAUCUCUGCCUUUUAUUGAAACACGUUGAACUUCUCAUAAAGCCGAUGCUCUUGUUAAUGUCACUUUUUUGAAAAAAAAAAAAAAAAAGUUUGAUGUGCUGCAACAAACUUUAUAAAUGUUGAACUCAAUGU